GAUGGACGGAGCUUGUUGGGGGAAAAGGGAGAGGGAGACACAGAGGAGAGCGCCGAUGAAUAGAGACGCUUUCCUUAGCUUCCUGGAGAAGCAACGCCAGGCUUGACACUGAGUGAUGAUUGUCACGCAGAGAGAGUCGGAAUAAUAACGCGGAAUCAAAUCCACAGAGAGAGGGGAGGAGGGGGCUCAGUCUGUGGAUACCUGCGCGUCUCCACUCCGGCCGCAGGUGCGCUACGGUCCCUCUAAAGGGAGUUUGAUCUGUGAGAGGCAAGUGCGAGAAGAACCAGUCCUGCAGGGAUUAUUUUUCAUUUUCUCGCCAAGUGUCAGUUUUAUUUAUUUAUUUAAUUUAUUCUUGUAGUUAAACUGAAAGCAAACUUUCUCUCCCCUUUGCGCCACCUGCAGUCAUAGUUCAACUCCAGGUCUGACUCCAGCUUCAUUCUGAGCUUUGUAAGUCUGUGGGCUGUUCUUUCAGACCUUUCCUGAGCUCGGAUUACACUGGACAGCACCUCCAGUCUGAAAGGAGAAUUCCUCAAAACUCCCAAGUUAACGAGAAUCGGGAGUCCUUUCCAGUCCAGUCUUUGCUUUAAAACGAGCUGAUGAAGAGAACAAUGUCUGGAUUAUUGCAGCCGCUGUUCAACCUGCCCCGGGAAAGAGGGGAGGAGUGAGGAAAGCAGUAAAAGAAGGGAGGAGGAAGAGGUGAAGAAGGGGGGAAGUCGGCGGCGUUUAGCUGCCGUCCACUAGUUCUUUAACGCCUUUGCUGCCCGGGUUCUCCACUCUCUUUUUACGAGAUACACGAACAAACAUCAAGAGACGCGCGGGGAGGACCUGCGUUCACACCCUGGUACUGCUGAUUUAACAGGCAACAGGUACCAACCAGUAACUGGAGAAGUAACUAUAGCCUUCCUUCUUUCACAUUACUCCAAUAUAUUCAGCUGAGGCACUCAGGCUCAGAAUGCUUGACUGACUCGUUUCAACUGGACCUCUCUCAGGACAUAAGAAAACAAGAAAUCUGGCACACCGGCUUUACCUCUGGGCCAAACGGCCAGCGGGAGGUGACUGUCAGAAGAAAUGCCGGUCCCAGGUGCCCUAGUACAUCACCACUGGGACCAUGGCGACUCCUUGGCCAAUGAGAAGAGAGAGGUGCUCCCAUGGCUCCGCCUGCCUUGCUAGAUGGUUGGCGUCAUCCUUGAUGCUCCUAUGGUUGCCGUGGAUGUUAUUAUGGCUGCCGUGGCCUACCCAAGCUGAACAGGUGGGCAGCGGGGGACAUGGCGGAAAGGUGCCGCAUGGAUCCCUUUCGUCCCCCUCAUCUUCGUCAUCUUCCUCCUCCUCCACAUCCCCUUCUGGCUCCUCACCAUGGGGUUUUAGCACAAGGCAGAGCGGAGGGCAGCUGGACUGGCUGCUGUCAGAGAAGGGCCCCUUCCACAGGUGUCCUGAGUACACCGAGUUCAGAGAGAGGUUCCAGCAGGGAUUUUCUACCAGAUACAAGAUUUACAGGGAGUUCAGCCACUGGAAGGUGAACAGCCUGGCUACGGAGAAGAGAGAUUUCCUCAAAUCUCCAUUGCCCUUAGCACCAGAGUUUCUACGCAACCUGCGGUUACUGGGCCGACGACCAACCCUGCAGCAAAUCAAUGAAAACCUCAUCAAGAAGUACGGGACCCACUUCUUGGUUACUGCCACCCUGGGAGGAGAAGAAUCUCUGACCAUUUUCCUGGACAAGCAGAAGCUGAAUAAGAAGUCCGAAGGCAACAGCAACAGCUCAGUAGUGUCUUUGGAGCUGCUCCAUCAGCUGGCCGCUUCCUACUUCACAGAUCGAGAGAGCACCCUGAGGCGACUGCACCACCUCCAGAUUGCCACCUCUGCUAUUAAGGUAACCGAAACAAGGACAGGCCCUCUCGGCUGCAGUAACUACGACAGCUUGGAUUCAGUUAGCUCGGUGUUGGUGCACAGCCCGGAAAAUAAGAUCCACCUAAAGGGAUUGCAAGAUGUCCUGCCAGAGUUUCUGCGUGGGCGUUUUGUGGAGGCAGCCCUCAGCUACGUGGCAUGCAACUCGGAGGGCGAGUUGCUCUGUCGCAACAAUGACUGCUGGUGCCGGUGCUCUCCUCGCUUCCCAGAAUGCAACUGUCCUUUUGCUGACAUCAAGGUCAUGGAGGAGAACCUGGAAAAGAGCAAAGAGGCGUGGAACUACUUCAACCAAGAGUUCAUGGAAUCAGAUGAAUUCAAAGCCUUCCUGAAGCGAUUGCCCACUGAUCGCUUCCUGAAUGUGUCCAUGAUAGCCAAGCUCUGGUCAGCCGACUUAACCCUCCAAAAACGUUAUGCCCAGCUGGAGGCCAGCACCGUCCUUGUCCUCAACAAAGCCCAGAAGAUCAUCAGGAAACUGUUCACGCUGAGUAAACGCUGCCCCAAACAGCCCCGCAUCAGUCUCCCCCAACAAAGGCCUGUUGGGUUUUGGCUGACCAGGGCUCAGUCUCUUCUCUACUGCAAUGAGCAUGGAAUGCUGGGCUCCUUCUCUGAGGAGGUGAUGAGCUGUAGCUGCCCCGUGGAGCAGCCAAACUGCCAAGGAGUCAUCCCCUGUGUUGUAGGGACUUCCACCACCUCCUGCACCCUCUGCGCCUCUGACAACGCCACCCGUUGUGGAGCCUGUCAUCACGGCAACAUCCUCCAUCUUGGUUCCUGUCGACCUAGCAUUGCUGCAUCGCUAGAUCAUUACCUGAACUUUGACUUGGACAUGCCUGAUGCCGAGGUAAAGUACCUGCUUCAGCGACUGGACAGCAGGAUAGAGGUCCAUGCCAUCUAUAUCAGCAAUGAUGUCCGCCUGGGAAGUUGGUUCAAUCCUGCCUGGAGGAAGAGGAUGCUAUUAACACUCAAGAGUAACAAAAACAAGUCCAACCUCAUCCACAUGCUAAUGGGCAUUUCUUUUCAGAUAUGCUCAACUAAAAAUUCAACACUGGAACCCGUGCCUGCUGUCUAUGUGAAUCCUUUUGGGGGAAGUCACUCAGAGAGCUGGUUCAUGCCAGUGAACCAGCCUGACUUCUCUAACUGGGAGAGAACUCGACUGGACAGCGUCACCACUGCACAGUGUUACAACUGGACUCUGUCUCUGGGCAGCAAGUGGAAAUCCUUUUUUGAAACAGUGCACAUCUACCUGAGAAGCCGCAUAGUCACGGAUGAUCCAACAGUGAAUGAAACUCUCUUCUAUGAGCCAUUGGACUUGGAUGAUCAGACCUCCAACCUGGGCUACAUGAAGAUCAACACGCUGAAGGUGUUCGGAUACAGCAUGCACUUUGACCCUGAGGGCAUCAAGGAUCUGAUUCUCCAGUUGGACUACCCCUACACACAGGGUACGCAGGAUGCCGCCUUUCUGAUGUUACUGGAGAUGAGAGACCGGAUUAAUCGGCUAUCUCCACCAGCACCACAGCCAUUAGAUCUGUUUUCUUGUCUCCUGCGCCACCGCCUCAAGCUGUCAGCCGGAGAGGUGGCACGAAUCAAGGACUCUCUGCAGAUCUUCAAUUCCAAGCUUCCCAAUGCUUCACCUGAACCUGAGCUGGCCCAGCUCUGUAGCUAGCUAGUUUAGCACAAUCGCUAGGUUCAGGAAUGAUGCUGUUCGUAGAAAGAGGAAUUGCUACUUCAGGGACGACUCUGCUGAGAUGGCCUUUGGACCCGAAUCAUCUGGAUUAACGUACUCUGAAGAAGGUUGAAUGCUUGGCCUUUUUAUGGUCACUCUCAGUUGGUUUUCUGGUGUUUUACCUUUGACAAACAGCAUCAUGUCCUUGACUUUUCGGAGAAUGAGGGAUACUUUGACUUUGUUUAGGAGGCUGUACUGAACCCACCCGUAGGUUCACUUUUGCUAUUACUGCCCUGCAAACUGCGUAACUGGACAAGGCUAAAAAGGUUUCUUUCACUGACAAGUUUUUAUGAUUUGGAACAAUAAAAAGAAGAUCAUACAUAAGACACCUGCCUUGCAAAGACAAACGCGGUUUUCUUAUAAGAGGAACUCUUCAGAGGUCUUCAAAAAUUAGCGGAAGAGGAUUUCCCUUUUCUAACCCUAUUUUCUUUGGCUACAGAACAAUCUUGAGGGAAGGGAAAAUGGGAUAAUUAUAUAUAUGUGGUGAAUGAGUUGUUAUGUUAUGCUUAACAGUUUAAAAUUUGAUAAUCUUGAACCCUGUCACUGUCUUUGAAUAUUUCUUUUUAAACCCUACCUUCCAUUUUAUCUGGCAUUUGAAAACUUGUAUCUAUGCUUAACAUCUGAGUGAGAAGCCUGUUAGUGAUGUUCUGUCCUUGGUGGCUUGUCUGUACCAAAAGAAGGUAACACAUUGGCAAUUUGAAUGGCAAAAUAUCGUAAAUGUUGAGUUAUUAUUCUUUCACUUUUGAGCUGAAAUAAUUCAUAAUGGAACCUUCAGAUGUGGUAACAAAAAGGUCUGCGGAUAUAGCGCUGUAAAUAACGCUCCAUCUAACCCAGGUUGUGGACAAGUGCACAUUGCUUUUUAGAUAACUGAGUUCAAAGACCAAAAAAAUGUUUAUAACAAAACAAACUCAUGCCUUAUAUGGAGAGUCAAUGUUAAGGUAAGAAGCACAUUUAGUUUCUGUGUUUGGUUUCCCUGCGAAGGUUGUAUUGCUUUUUAUAUUUCAAUAUUUCUACCAAGACAGAACAACAGACGCAUUCUCCAGAGUACGUGGUAAUGUAGCUUUUCCAUGUAAAUGCCAGUCACUCGUUCUGCAGGUACUUGUUUUGAUUUGGUGUUGUGAAACUUUUGAAUCACCAUUCACAGUGCACACCAGUACAUGCAUAAUGUAAUUGUUCUGCAAAAUCCUCCAAUGAGAUAAACUUUCAGUAAAUAAUAGAACAUGGUUGAAUUUAUGGUUUUAAAAGGUUUUCAGUGGUUCGGUUAGUCUCAGGUCUAUGAAACUUUUCUUUUUUUUUUUUUUGACAUAUGGGUCCAAUGUGAGCUGCAGUUACCACGGCAACUGGAGUUACAAGGUUUCUGCGGGGCGGUGAUGCACUUGAAAAGCUGCAAACUUAACCAGGAUGAUACUUGAUAUGAUUUUACUUUUGCUUCACUAAUUUCUCACUGAAAGUUAGAAAACCUUGUAUGUCAUUAUCAACAGUUCUUCUGUGCUCAGCUUGCUUAAGUAAAAACAAAGUGAUUUAUCUAUCUGAGAGCCUUUUCCUUGUUUACAAAACUUUUUUAACCCUCACUGUUACGUCUGUUAUAUAGCAUUAUUGCCAUAUUACCUCUUUGCCUGCAUGUUACAACGUUGUCUUUGGUCAAUUCAAAGACAUAUUGAUAAGAUUAGCUGUGAAGAUGAUGUCAUGAAAAAGUGCAAUGAUGGUGGCGGAUGUGGUCAGAGCUACAGUAAUAGUGGUAGUAAGGGGUGACACAAGACCGUCUCAUCUUACCACCACUAGUUGUUCAUUGUUCUAGUGUAAGCACAGUUUUUCACAUUUGCAUUUAUUUAUUUCACAGACAACACAGAUCUGUUGUUAAGUAAUUUCUUGUUAAGUACAUGUGCCACGCUAUCACUAUUGCAUACACUAUAUUAGUUGUUUCUGUUUCCGGUCCACCUAAUGGGUGCCAGGCAGAAUUAUCAACGUGGAAAAAUGGGAAACUAAUCAAAAAAACCAAAACAAAUUCAGUCGUUUAUUUUGUUUUCAUGUCCUUACUGAAAGCAUUUGACUAAUUUGCAGCUGUUUUUAUGCCAGAUAUGCUGGUUAGAAACCAGCCUUGCAUAAACAUUUAGACUUUUUCAACAUUGUCAUGUUCGAUAAUAUUUGCAGCUUUUGACGGUGGACUUAUAAAUUAGGUCACCAUGCUGCAGUUUCCAACUAAGUUAAAGGCAGGUAAUGCAUUUUCUGUGGAUCAAUUUUUCAAAUGAAGAGGAGAAUUCUUGUGCAUCUACAGGGAGGCAAAAGGAAGAAGUGGUAACAGGUCAAAUGUUUCAGUAUUUUAUCUCAGUCUCAAAGCCAAGUAAAUUAUCAGCAACUAAGUGAUGUUGUUAGACUUUAAAAUUAUUGUUGCUAGUUUGUGCACUAAUCUUAUACUAAAGUCUUAUACCCUUUUUAAAUAUUUAGUCAGCUGUUGCCUGCAUGUAACAACCAAUUACAGCGACUGGCAAGAAGCCAGUCAAAGCCAAACAGAACAGGUUAAUCUGAUCUAAAAGGUUAACCUUAAGAACAGGAUUAACUGCAUUAAACUCCCUGCCUCAGAGGCUCAUUUAUGGGAAGUUAGAAACAAGAGUGAAA